AUGAUUUCGUUAUCAGGUCUACUUUCAUUGAUUAGCAUUCCCAUCAAAGCAUUGAUUGUCACUUUGAGAUUUUAUACUGUUGGGGAUCCGGUUCGGAAAUAUGCAAAUAGCUUAACGCAAUGCUUAAGACUUAUAGUUUUCAGAACAGCACUUUCGCUAAGUGUUUCAGAUGCUUAUUAUGUCUCGUUCAUGAGUAACGAUUUCAUUAUCAACAAGUUGGUUCCUUUAUUCCUUAAAACUAUUACUAGUAAACUCCCGGGGUACGGUACUAGGUACGACAAGAACUCCAUUUGGUUGGUUAAACAACCAGACAGGAAGCCAGAUGAUCCAAUCUUGAUUUAUAUUCACGGAGGUGCUUAUUAUCUUCAAACGCAACCGGAACAGAUUGUAUCAGUUUUGACAAUGUAUAAGUUGCUCAAGCCAGACAAGCAAUCACGUUUAUCUAUUUUACAUUUGGACUAUAAAUUGGCAUCAUAUGGGCAUAAAUUCCCCACGCAGAUGAACCAGUUGCACGAGACAUACCUGAAUUUGGUUACAAAUGAAGGCAACACCAAUGUAAUAUUAAUGGGAGACUCCGCUGGGGGAAAUUUGUCUCUUGGAUAUUUACAGUUCUUGAAAAAGUCAAAAUUACAAAAUAUAGUCUACCCUUCAAAAUUAGUAUUGAUCAGUCCUUGGGUAAAAUUACAUCCUACUCCUGAUGUGAUGGUAUCUGGGCACUCGUUUCAUGAUAAUGAUGGACGUGAUAUGAUUUCGUACUCCCAAUUCUACGAGCUUGAGAAGAUACUAAAUAUAACAGGCGAAAGUGAUCAAGGUAGUUUGCAAACCUGUCCAGGCGCCAAACCAACCAAAGCAGAAAAUUGGAAUAAUAUUCCAACCUUGAAAGACCCUAGAUCUGAC